CGGCGGCGGCGGCGGCGGCGGCGGCGGUGGUCCCGGCCGGGCCGAGCUCCGGAGGCGCCGACUUGACGUGACAGGUGGAGAGAGCCAGGUGCGAGGCGGAGCCCGCGGUCGGAAGAACGCCCUCGGCAGCGCCGACCGCUCCGCCGCCGGCCAGUCCCGGGUCCGACGGGCGAGGCCCCGCCCCCUUCCUCCCGGGGACCAAUCGGAGUGAGAGCGCGCCGGCCCGGGCCGCGAACUCGCCAAUCGCCGAGGGUGCCAGCCACCGCCCAAUCCGGAGCAGACAGGUGCGAGGUCCGGAAGGGGGCGACCAAUCGGCGGCGGUUGUGACCUGUUCGCUCAGGCCCCGGCCAAUGAGGGGGCGCGAGUGACGUCUCCAGCGGCCAAUCGGGAGUGAGGAGCCUCCCGGCCGCCCGCCCUUCCGGCCUGAGCUCUAUUUACCAGGGGCGUGCAGCCCGCUUGCCAAUCAGAGCGCGGCUGCGCGGCCAGGCAGCCAACCCCGGAGCAGCGGCCGGCCGGCGUCCCGCCGCACCCGGGGCUUGGGGAUGUCCUACAAGCCCAUCGCCCCCGCCCCCAGCAGCACCCCGGGCUCCAGCACCCCGGGACCCGGCACACCGGUGCCUACAGCCGGAAGUGUCCCGUCGCCCUCGGGCUCGGUGCCUGGAGCCGCGGCCCCUUUCAGGCCGUUGUUCAGCGACUUCGGGCCACCCUCCAUGGGCUACGUGCAGGCCAUGAAGCCACCUGGCGCGCAGGGAUCCCAGAGCACUUACACGGACCUGCUGUCGGUCAUCGAGGAGAUGGGCAAAGAGAUCCGGCCCACCUACGCGGGCAGCAAGAGCGCCAUGGAGCGCCUGAAGAGAGGCAUCAUCCACGCCCGGGCCCUGGUCCGAGAGUGCCUGGCCGAGACAGAGCGCAAUGCCCGCACGUAACAGGAUGCCGUGAACUGCUGGACGCAGCGUCGGAUGCCCGGUCUUCACCCCGAGUUGCACUCCCCAGCCUGGGCUUCUCUCCUGUGUCCCUUGGCCAGUGCCCUCUGGGACCCGGGGUGGCGCACUGCAGCCAGCGGCACUGACUAGGACCCCCGCCCUGCCAGUCAGCGGCGAGGUCACUGUGAGCCCCACGCCACCUGCCCACCUGCCCACGGCGCGAGCGGCGCUGGAGCGCUCUGACCGCCCACGCAGCACUUCACCGGGUACCUCUCACCCUGCCCUGGGCUUCCCAGGGCCCGUCGCCUCCCUGCCUUGUCUCCUGGGCCAUAGCCACUCUUUUUCUCAGUGUGUCUUUUGCUAAAGAUGCCCUUUUUAUAUAAAUAAAAGUUAAUUUGGAGUUUUCUCUCA